UGUAGUUCGCAGCAAUUCACACCGUUGAGGUGAUUGACAAUUCCAAUGCCUACACGCGCGAUCAAGGCUAUAUUCUAUACGCGCUUUCAUCACGAGAAAGGUUCACGCGUACUCCACCAAGUACCAGCAGGCGCGAUAACGCCAUCAACCUCACCCUCUGCCCUUCCAGCACCGCUCUUUCCCUUCUCCUCGGUCACACAAUACCUCAUUCCGACCCAGCAGUUUUGCGACCGCCUCAUCACCUGCUGCAUCAACCACCAUCGCAUCAUCGGCUAUCCUGUGUGUAUAAAGGAAGAGAAGAAGUAUGAGAGAAACGAGUUCAUCUUCAACUUUGCCAUUGUGAUUGGCGAGAAUGAGGCAGACUGGGCAUGCUAUGGGCAGGUGGUGAGGAAACUGGGAAGGCUGCUGCGAGGACUGGAAGAACAGGGAGGCUUUCUUAGCAAGGAAGAGGAGGGUGUCUGGGAUGACGAGAAUGUAGGGCUAGGGAUAGGAAGUGGUGGCAUGGACGACAGUAUGGGCGGAAGUAGCUUUGGGAUAGACAGCGGCAGCAAGGUGUAUGCGCUGUGUGAGAUGGUGCUGGAAGAUCUCAACAACUAUGCUGAGUGCAUGAUACCAAUUGACGACUCAAACACGAUCAAUCUGAAGCUCUUCCCUACGAGACCGCCUCCGCCACCCGUUCUUGCGCAUCAGGUCCCUCUCCUCACAAUGUCCCUCGCCGGCCUACAGUCGCCCAUCUCGUCAGACCUCACCCUGAAUCGCAUUCUUCCAUACGUCAACGGGGUGAAUUCGAUAUCGCGGAUCGCCCAGCUUGCAGAUACAGACCUGUCUUUGACGCGGCGAGCGGUGCAACACCUGGUAUACUACGGAUGCCUGGUGCUCUUGGACAUAUUCAGCUUCAGUGCGAUCUAUGCGCCAACAGCAGAGAUUGGCGGUCUCAUUGUGGACGAGGAUGUCAAGGAGGAGUGCAUGAGAUACGUCAGAACACCGAAGCUAAGGGUAGGAUCAGCGGCCAGCAAGAGCACAAUUGUGCGGAGUGAGUCUGAACGAAGCCGUGAUGAACGCAGUUCGAUAUCGUCCUCAGCAUCGCAGCAGAGCGAGACUGCUAGCUCGACCAUCCACAUCUCAGACUUCGAUGCCGAAGAGGACGAGGACGAGGACGAGGACGAGGAAGAAGAAGAUGACGGUGAAUGGCACAUUGAGUACGAAACACUUAUCACCCUAUACACCUCGCUGCGGCAAGGCCUUACGCUGAAGAGCUGGGUCCUCGACAACCUCGACUUGCUGAGUGGCAUCGAUGUUCGCCGAUUUAUCACUUUCGGCAUCAUCAAGGGCUUCCUCUACCGUGUGCACAAGUAUGCAUAUGCAACAUCUACAGCAGUGCCUCCAGCGCCACCGACAAGCCUCCAAACCUCUGCUGCUCCCUCGACAUCGAAUCUGAGAGACUCUGACACGGCCACUAUCCGUGGCAAUGGCCACUACCCUUCAAUAUCCAACCUUCAUUCCCAUACUCAACACCCUACGUUUUCCUUACACCGCCCCUCGAUAGCCUCGACAACAAGUCUGAAUCCGCAUUUAACAAACACGCAUCACCACAAAGCGCCAAGCAUCUCGCGAAACCAGGAAUUGAAGGACAUGGAUGAGCUUGUCAGCGACAGGGAAAGAGAAAGCGGAUUGCCAUUAGUCAGGUUUCUGGAUGGGAUGCACUGCUUUGAUGAGAUAUGCAGCGAACUGUCGCUGCCGGAGAAGGUCGUUGAAGGCAAGAUCAGGGGAGUCGGUGAGGGUCUAGGAGUGGUUAUACAUCGGUGAUAUUCAAAGAUGAUGUACAGGUAUUGCGCAACACGCGCCUAUGAAUACGAUCGUU